UUUGUAGGACGAGAACGAAAGGCAUAAAGCACGUGCCGUCUCAAUGGUCUGCGUUUAACACGGUUCAUUUUUCCGAUCAACGUGGCGGUGGAAUCAAGAAACUUGGCGGAAGCACAGCCGUCGCCGCCGUCGCAUUUCUCUCUCUCGGCUGUUCUUCCGCAUAAAUUAUUGCAUCUUCUUCCUCUCUAUUUUCUCUUUGCAAUCAAUCAUAUUCCGCGUUCGCAAUCGUCGCUUUAACUCCUAUAUUUUACUCUUAUGAAUUCUUCAUCGAAGCCUCACCACUGCGAUUAUUCUCGCCUACCUUAUUUUUAUGCAUUCUGAAGUCUUCUCGAUUCUCCAUUUCCGAUUCCUUUGCUCUUCUCUUCCCCUAUUUGUGUUGGUUUCAUUGUUAUCUGAUUGUUAAUUAGCAAUGGCGAUGGCUGCCUUCAAAUCGUCGUCUAGAAGAGGGGGUUCGACUUCGGCAGCACCUUCUUCGAGUAGCGGCGUGUCAACAUCGGGUAAAGAUAGCAAGCAGGGGAGUAAUUCACCGAAGAAAGCUACUAUGCGGAGAUCACGAAGCGUCAGUGCCUUUUCCAGAUCCAACACAGCGGAUAUUUCCGCCGAUUUUUCGAAUAGUAGAGAUAAUCCGCUGUUCUGGAGCAAUGGUUCGCCCCCUUGCGACGAAGCUCGUGCUGUUAACCUUGAAUUCGAUGAAAGUUCCACCAGAAUUAGCGCAGCAAGUUCAAAACGUGUGAGUUGUGGUGGUGUUGAGAGUACCAGGGGACGAUCGGUGUCGAGAAAUUCUGGUUCUGGAAGUAAUGGUUUAGGAAGCAGGAAGGUCGGCGGUCGAAGCUUGUCACGGGUAGGCACUGAACGGCGGGACCGCUCUGCGUCUGUGUCUCGAUAUCCCGUCUCAUCGCAAUCCUUUGUGAACUCUGAGAGUGAGGCUGAGCGAGAUAGUCGUUAUACUGCGAAAUCCAACAAUAGAAAGACUCCAGAUUCGGUUCUUCACGGUCGAAGAGAGGUUGGUUUAGCUAGAAGUAAUUCAGAUUCUUCGAAGCAAUUGAAAGGCCUGCGAACACGGUCCAGUCAACUUUCACCUUUUGAUUUAUCCGAUAACUGCGAUGCAUCAGUGUCUUGUAGUUUUGAAGAUAGGCUGUCCACUGCGAGUUCUCUAUCAGAAGCCGAAGAGAAAACAAUAAAAGCUGUUUGUGAGCAAAUGAGAUCAAUGAAGGGGGAUUGUUUGCAAGGACAAACCAGUAGUAGUGACAUAUAUGACAUUAUUCAAUAUGAAGUUAGACGUGCUGUCCAAGAUAUCCAUAAUGACCUUCUCAAUGCUCCACAAAACAGUGCUGAUGCUAUAGGAAGUUCAAAUAUUGAUAUCCCUCCCGAAUUGGUGAAUCCAGCUGCUGUUGAAUUGGUGAUGGACUUGAGAAGCGAGUAUAGCAAGAAGCUUGAGCAGUCACAAGAGCGAGCUAGAAAACUUCGGGCAGACUUGGCAGUUGAGGAUCAUCGUGGAUUAGAGCUCAGUAGAAUUUUGCGGGAAGUAAUACCAGCUCCUAAGACCUCUAUGAGACGAAAAGCUAGCAUUGAAAGAAGAAAGAUGUCAAAACGUCUAACUGACGACGCCUUGGCAUAUUUUGACGAGUGUGUAUCAUUAUCAACAUUUGAUGGUUCCGACUUCUCAUCAUUGGAAGAAGCACCCCCUAUCCACCAAGUUUCUUCCACUACCCAGGUGGGAGAUGGAACCCCUCAGGAACCAACCAUUGGAACUUCAUCCGUGAGUGAGCAAUAUAAUAGUAAUCUCAGCGAACUUGGGGAUGCCAAAUCUCAGUUUUCCUUCACUAGAAAACCCCAUGAAAUUUGUGGAAUUCAACAGGACAUUGGGAAGUACAUUCAUAACUGUGAGAAAGAUGGCAACGAAUCAAGGGUUUUAACGACGAAGCAAUAUUGCAAUACGAAUGAUGCAAAUUUGCAGAAGCCAACAGAGAGCGUUUUGUUUGACCGACUUCUUUUGAGAAGCAGAAUCGAGUCGGGCGGUCUACUACUGUGCGGUGUUAGCUCUGCAACUUGCUCCUCUUAUUAUGGUUCCUUCAUCUGAAUGUCUAAGACAUGUUUUGGUUUAAUUGUUAUAAAAAACCAUAGAUUUCAGAAAUAUUGAAUUGGCUUUCUUAGGAUCAUGAAUUCCAACAGUUCCUAGUUUGAUUUGUGGGUACGAUCAUGAUCAAGAUGGAUUGCCAAGUGGAAAGUUGUCCACAUGAAAAUUUAGGGAUGCGAAAAAUUGAAUCAA